UCUACCAAAUCUCUAUUUUCCGUGACUGAGGCUGUGUUUAACUUUGCAGUGUUUAUUGUGCUCUUUAUUUUAUCGUUCAUGUGAAAAGAUAACAGCCUUGUGCAGUGCAGGCCACGUCAGAGCGAAACCUUGAGGACCAGUUAUGUGGAGUGUAUAUUCCUAUCCGCAGUCUGUGGUCCGCGCAGUUCUGGACCGCCGUCAGCCUGUGGUGUUCCGAGUGGAAACACUCUGGGACGGUGUGGUUGUAGCGUAGCAGCUGUUCCGCGGUGCCACGGACUAACAAAGGAACCUUGUUCGAGUUUGCUGAAAAGGUAUCGCAGGAUGGUGUGUGGCACAGACAAGUUCAUACGCUGCUGUUUCAUCAUAUUUUCCCUGUUUCAUGGUACCAGCACUUGGCGGUCGGACCGCAGGCCACAGGUUUACGGCGACAGGAUACCUCGGCGAGCACUCGAACCAGUGCACAAACGAGUACAGAGGAACAUCGUGCUAUACCACAACUUCUUUCGGACACGUGUCACCCCUCCCGCAGCAGACAUGCUGAGGAUGAGCUGGAAUAAGGACGCUGCCAGAUCUGCACAAAGAUGGGCGGCCCAGUGUAUGCUCCUGACGCAUGACAACGUCACUGGGCGGUGGGUGGACAAUUUUGGUUCCUGUGGACAGAACAUAUUCGUGUCCACGGAGCAGGUACCCUGGUACUUUGCCAUACAGACAUGGUUCCUGGAGAGACAUGACUUCACAUAUGGCUCUUCACAAAACAACCUCUACACAGUGGGCCACUACACACAGUUAGUUUGGGCUACAACACACAAAGUGGGUUGUGGCUUCAAUAAGUGUGAAUAUGGUGGUGUGAAGGGCAAACCCUACUACAACUAUGUCUGCAAUUAUUGUCCCAUAGGGAACUUCAUGGAACGAUUAGGACGGCCCUAUAAGAAGGGUGCCCCAUGUUCACAAUGCCCUAAACACUGCCGUCUGAAGAAGCUGUGCACAAACUCAUGUCCCUCAGCGGACCUGUGGGCCAACUGCCGAGAGCUCAACAGCACGUGGCAUGACUGGCUAUGCCACAGUCAUUCUCAUGAGGGCCAUGAUCGUCAUCGCUACUGUUCAGCCACAUGCAAUUGUCAUGACAAGGUCAUCUAACCUUUGUUAUUUAUAUAUGAUGGAGGAGGCUCAGACACCAAAUACAGCCUCAUUUAACUGUAUAUUAUGUAAAUUGUUUACUGCAUGGUUCAGGUCCUUAAAUGUGUCUGAGCAAUACUCUAUAUACUUCAACAUCCUAUGUACUGACAGCAGGAAACUGAAUGCCAUCAGCAGCUGAGAGGA